UCAUUCACUCCACUCUGACCUCGCCACCAUGCAACACUCUCUCGGCUCCAAUCUUCUUCCGCCGGAAACAUCCUCACGUUUUCAUUUACGCCCACAAAUCAAGCAUGCAAAUAUUACUAAGUCCCAACUUCUCAUUAAUAACCCUUUCAAGAAAACAACAAAACCUCCAGACUUCCCUCCUCUUCUCACUUCACCGGCGACGUCACCUCCGUCUCCGGUUAAGCUCAAGCUGACCCAUCAUCACUUAAACCCUCUCCAGAAGCUAGCAGCUUCCAUGCUCGACAAAAUCGAGUCCUCCCUCGUUGUACCAAUGGAACAAAACCACCCGCUACCUAAACCGACCGAUCCAUCUAUUCAAUUAUCUGGAAAUUUCGCUCCCGUUAAUGAAUGUCCGGUUCAAAACGGUUUAGAAGUCAUCGGUAAUAUUCCUCCUUGUCUACAUGGAGUCUACAUCCGCAACGGCGCUAAUCCUAUGUUUCCGCCGUUAGGUGGACACCAUUUGUUUGACGGUGACGGAAUGAUUCACGCAGUUAGCAUCGGUUCUGAUAACCGGGUUAGUUACAGCUGCCGGUACACUAAAACAAACCGGCUUGUUCAGGAAGCCGAGCUUGGCCGGUCGGUUUUCCCUAAAUCCAUCGGCGAGCUUCACGGUCACUCGGGUUUGGCUCGACUCGCUUUAUUCGCCGCUCGAGCUGAGAUUGGUCUUGUGGACGCGACACGUGGCAUGGGUGUAGCUAACGCCGGCGUCGUUUACUUUAACGGAAGAUUAUUAGCCAUGUCAGAGGAUGAUCUCCCUUACCACGUGAAGAUCAACGGCCAUGGAGAUCUCGAGACGAUUGGACGGUUCCAAUUCGAUGAACAGAUCGAUUGUCCAGUAAUAGCGCAUCCUAAAGUGGACCCUACCACAGGAGAUCUUCACACGCUGAGUUACAAUGUUUUGAAGAAACCUCAUCUCAAAUAUCUUAAAUUCGACACGUGCGGGAAAAAGACACGUGACCAUGACAUCACACUCGAGCAACCCACGAUGAUUCACGAUUUUGCAAUAACCGAAAAUUUUGUCGUGAUCCCAGAUCAGCAAAUGGUAUUCAAAUUAUCCGAAAUGAUUCGGGGCGGGUCACCGGUUAUCUACGACAGAGAGAAGAUGUCUAGAUUCGGGGUUUUGUCAAACCAGGAUCCGACCGGGUCGAGUGUAGAUUGGGUCGAUGUACCCGACUGCUUCUGUUUCCAUCUAUGGAACGCGUGGGAAGAGAUAACCGAGGACGGCGACCCGGUUAUCGUCGUCAUUGGGUCGUGCAUGAACCCGCCCGAUACGAUUUUCAGCGAAUCUGGAGAACCGACUCGAAUUGAAUUAACUGAAAUACGGUUAAACCUGCGGACAAAAGAAACGAACCGGAAGGUCAUUGUAACCGGGAUGAAUUUAGAAGCGGGUCAAGUAAACCGGAAUUUCCUGGGCCGAAAAACCCGGUUCGUUUAUUUAGCGGUAGCGGAUCCUUGGCCGAGAUGCAGUGGCAUCGCAAAAGUUGAUUUAGAGAACGGAACCGUUAUCCAAUUCAAAUACGGACCGGACCGGUUCGGUGGCGAACCGUAUUUCGUACCGGAGGGAGAAGGAGAAGACGAAGGGUAUGUAAUGGGGUUUGUGAGGGACGAAGAGAGAGAUGAGUCGGAGUUUGUGGUGGUUGACGCAUCGGAGAUGAAGCAAGUCGCGGCGGUGCGGCUACCGGAGAGAGUACCGUACGGUUUCCACGGAACGUUCGUGAGCGAGAAUCAGUUGAAGGAACAAGUUUAAUUUCUGACGUAGGUGUAUUUUCAUAAUUGUGCAAACCCUCCUUUUAAUAGUUUGUGUUUAAUUGCUUUGUUAGUAUAUCAUUUGUGUAUAAGA